UAUUGGCUGAUAUCGAGCCCUCCAACUAACAUGGCCGCAUGAAUUAGUGAUAGUGAGGAAUUUGUGGACAGAAAGACAGAUUUUAUUGUGUGUGAUCAUUUAAAAGUGACAGUUUUAUGUACGCUGGACACUCUGAUAUGCAGCGAAUGAAAGGACAAGGAACCUCAGGUUGGUUUACAUGUGAUUCUGGCAAUGGAAGUGAUCAGCUUUUGAUGUGCCAAAUGGGCCCAAAGAUCAGAAUUACUCGUCAUUCCAGAGCUACACAAGUCCCAUGACUUCAUCGAUGGCCGCGGCUGCAGCUGCUUCUGACCCGUAUAUGUCGUCUUACUAUAUGACCUCUACCCCAUAUCAGGCAUUCGGAGUUGGUGAUGGAACUUGGAGCAAUGGGGGUGACCACAUGCAAACUUUCCUUGGAGGCUAUGGGGGACAGAUGGGAUACGAUUCACACAGUGCCAUUGAAGGCAUGUUCGGUAGUGGCAGUUUCGGUGGAUUCAACCCUCCAGGCUUUAACUACGGUUUCCACGGAAAUGGUGACUACAGUGCAUGGGGAGGCUCAGAUGUUCGGGGAGGAAACAAGCCAUAUGAUGACUAUUACCAACGAGAUAAUUUGUACACUGAUGAUCGUGUAAAGGCCCUGGAUCAGGGCGUACAAGGACUUACUAUCGCUGAUCCUAAAACUGGUCAAGACUUACCCAGAGAUGGUGGAUCAGGAAUUGGUAAAAAUGCAUCAACAAAUGGAAACAGUGGAGUUGAGGUUAAGCCAAAUGGAGGCAGCAGCCCAGGGGGUGACACAUCUGUUGGUCUGGGUCAAACUAAAAAAGGCAUAUCAUGGGCAAGUAUUGCUUCACAGCCAGCUAAACCACAGCCAAAGGGGAGACGUGAUAAAACCACUAUGUCCUCAAUUGUCCCUGGUCGCCAUAUGGACAUUGGGACAUGGGAAGGUAAAAAUGGUGGUGGACCAAAGCCUGUGGCUCCUCCCCCAGUACCACGACCAGCUUGGGAGGCUCCAAGGGGUGGGUCACGCUCCACUACCUCCACCUCGUACUCUACGCCACCACCGCGUACCCCACCCCAGGUGCCUCCUCCACAGCCAGUGCAGCCAACAGGACAACCACAGCAGACUGGACAGCAACAAGAGCAGCCACCAUUGCAACCUCUACAAACAUCUCCCCAGCAGCAUCAACAGAAUCCUCACCAACAGCAUGUUCAUCAACAGCACUUGCAUCAGCAGCAUCAGCACCAACACCAGCACCAACACCAACAACAGCAGCAACACCAGCACCAGCACCAUCAACAUCAACAACUCCAGCAGCAGCUGCCACCAUCACCCCAACAGCAACAGCAGGCUCCUCCACCACCCUUGCUCCCAAGUGGGGUCAUGCAUGCACCAAUGGAACUGCCCCCAUCCCCCCAGAGUGGACCUCCUAUGUCAAUACCUCAGCGUGCCCCUCUGCCUCAUGUCCCUGGACAGAUUCCCGCAGAACUGCAGCCAGAUGAUCCAAUCCUUGAAGGACUUCGUAUGCGUAAUGAUUACAACCCAAAGGACUUUGACCUUAGUCCUAAAAAUGCACGUUUCUUUGUGAUUAAAUCUUAUUCAGAGGAUGAUAUUCACCGUUCUAUCAAGUAUGAGAUAUGGUGCUCCACAGAACAUGGUAACAAGCGUCUAGACGCUGCUUUUCGUGAAAGAGAAGGCAAAGGGCCUGUAUACCUUUUCUUCUCUGUGAAUGGAUCUGGGCACUUUUGUGGUUUGGCUCAAAUGAUUUCCAUGGUGGACUACAAUUCAUCUUCUUCUGUGUGGGCUCAGGAUAAGUGGAAAGGGCAGUUUCGAGUGAAGUGGAUUUAUGUCAAGGAUGUUCCCAACAACCAACUACGCCAUAUUAGGUUGGAGAACAACGAGAACAAACCUGUGACCAAUUCCCGGGACACCCAGGAAGUUCCUUAUGAGAAGGGCAAACAGGUGCUGAAGAUAAUCAACCAGUACCGCCAUUCUACUUCCAUAUUUGAUGAUUUUUCUCACUAUGAGAAACGUCAGGAAGAGACUGAAACUCGUAGGAAUCCAGGAGCCCCGUACAAGGAGAUGGAACGAGAUGAUCGCCGUAAUGACCGUAUGGAUCAUCGAGAUCAUCGCGACCAUCGUGAUCAUCCAAGAGACCACCGAGAUCAUCGAGAAAACCGCGACCAUUAUCACCGUGAUCAUCGGGAUCAGCGCGAACAUCGUGACCACCGUGACCACCACCGAGGUGGGAUGGGUGGAGGGCGCGGGCGAGGUGGACAUCACCAUCCUCACCACCGUGGUGCACGCAACUAACUAUAGACUGAGCCACAGUGUAUGUUAACUCCCUGUUGAGAUGAUUACCGAGGGACAUGAUUCUGUGACAUACAAAAAAAAACUUUAUAGAGAACAAAUCUAGUUUACAAUUGUAGACUUGGCCUGGUGGAUAAUGUAUUUCAAAAAAUUAAUAAAUAUCUUAUGGACCAUUGGCUCUUUUAUGAUUAUGAAAUGAAAUAAAAACAUUGCUGGACAAUCUGACCAGAAAGUUUUGUAGUCAAGAGACUCCAAGCUGACAAGUGUUUUUAAAGCAGUGAAGGGACUGAUUUUCUCGAUUCUGGAACUAGGUGACUGCAUGUGGUUAAUUGAUUUAUGGAGGCUCACUAGUGCCCUCUUCGAGCCUCUGAGUGUCUGCCGACUUAAAACCUAGUGAUGAGGAAACUAAUCACUAGGAAAUGGAAAAUGCUGCACUGCACGAUACACGAUAUCAUAAUAUGUCCAGCCAGGAAUAUUACUCCGUAAUUGUGAGAAGUGUAGCAGUGCACUGAAACACUGUUUUCGUCCACUGUUCAAGUUUAGACAGGCACCCAUUAGCACCAAACUACACCAGCCUGUUUGUCAGCUUAAGUGAUAUCACAGAGUAAAAUAACUGUCACGAAUGAUUUGUCAUUGUUUCCUGAAGAACACUUGGCAUCGAGAACUACAAAGAAUAUGCCACUGUCAUUGUUAUCCUUUUGUUUCUUUCACUGUUGUGGUUAGGGGAAUGGAACACAGUAUAUAUAUUUAAUCUAAUCCUCCUAUAAUCGUACAACUGCGGCUUGUAUCAGAGAGCCAGAUGACUGACAGAACCCACACGGGGGACCUGAGAGCUACCAAGCAAAAAUGAGUCGGGCCCACCAGCCGCCUCACUUUUUAAUACUAACAAACAACAACAAUUUUUGCCUGUGAUUGGAUCCUUGGGUAUAGCAUGGGAAUUGAGAAUUUUAGUUCUUUUUGUCAUUUUAUUGAGAAGUUGGAAAGUGAAAAGUGAAAUUAACCAGUGUGAUCAUAUUUGUAAGCAAUGGGUUCAGAAAAUGCAUCAGCAAAGACAGGCAGUGGAAACUAGUGAAGAUUUAUAUCAUCGGCUUGGGGCUGUGUAGAAAUGAUGAACAAGAAAAACAUGGAAUGUACUUCAGUGUUUAUUUCUUAGUGCCUGAGAGUAUGGUAUUGUGUAGUUUAAAGUGAUAUUGUAAAUGAUCUUGAACAUAAAAGACUUGAACCACCUCAGACUCAACUUGGUUUGUCUCAGCAGUGCCUCAUUUAACUGAAAUAACUGUAGUUGUUAGUGUUACCAUUUACUGACAUCAUCUAAUAAUUGAUAUAAAUAAAAAACUUAUGGUUCAGUGGAAUCACUUUUUCAAAAAUACUACCACUUCAAAACCCUAUCAAAAAAAGACAAAAGAUAGCCUAUAAAUUAUGAAAUGCAACUCUAGUGACCAUGGUAUGGAUGUGCUAUCCAUAAGUGAUGACAUAGAAAAUGAACUGUUGACAGGCCAAUGAAAUCAAUGUGGAAAAAACUGGGAGUGAAGUUCAAAGCUGGCAUUUGCUUGGUGCUGUUGUGAAGGUCACUUGUGCUUGUUGGAAUGCUGCCAUUUAUCAAGACCACCUACCGUUGUGUCCUGCUACCCUGACCCUUGUUGUGCCCUCGCCACAGAAGCUGCAUGGGCUACUUCAGCAACAGUCUAGCUCUGAUAGGCUGCCUCUUGUUUGUCAGGGAUGUGUCAGGGAUUUAGCUUUAGAGGGAACAGCUUACAGAGCAAAUGAACCAGCAUUAUCAUUUUCUGUACCUUGGGGCAUGUGCAGUUUGUGCGGUUUGGGCAUAAGUGGCUAUUACUGCUCUUUUUAUUUUUUAUUUCCUUUUUUCUUUAAUGUUUUGCAAGUUAAAAUUUACAGCUCAUCAGGCUACACAUUUUUAUUUGUUUAAAAAAAAUGGCAGGAUAUUUAGACUUGUGAUCACAUCCAGUAAAAUUUUAAGUGUGGAUUGAGUGCCUGGAGGAAGUCUAAAUGAUCUUAAUCCUUUUAAUCAUACUUUUAUGCACAGGUGUUUGUUGGACUUUGCCUUAGACUUCCUUAGUUUUUUUUUUCUUGGAAAUGGAAUAUUUGUAUUGCACUUGAUUUGCAAGUGUGUGUAAUUGAGGUUUCUGAUCUAUAAAUUGUCUUGGAAGUCAGUUGUGCCAGUCAGUUUUUUGAGAAGAAUGCAUUGUUUAGCAGGUGGUCAGCUACUAUCAUUUGGGGAACUUGACCAAGCUACUGAGUAUUUUCUUACCCUCUAUGAAUGUGUGCAUUAUAUUCUCCAGAUUCCAAAGAGAAGAAGUGUAUGUAUUAAAAUAUAUGUGGCAUGGGAUUGGUCUUGUGAUGGUGGUAGUCGGCCACUGCCAGUGUGUGGUGUUCUCCCAUUCUCUAUCCCUAUAACCAGUAGCUUAGUUGUGGGUGCCAGUGCGUGGGUUUCAGUGGUAUUUUAUAUAUUACCAUCAUGUUUCUUGUAUUGAAUACUGAGUAUUGCUCUGUAACCUAUGUAUAUUUUUUCUCGUACACAGAUGUUAAGUUGACUAGAUAUCCAUAUUAUAGUUUAUGUAUCGGCUUUAUAGCUUCAUUUAUAACACGUCUGCAUUAGUAACUGCCUAUAAUUUUAGAAGUGGCACUGUCUGCUCUGCCCCUCAACAGUAUUUGAAAGUGUGUUAAGUGGUAUUUGUUAAAAUGUCAUGGAUAUGAAUUCACGUGAUUGACAAUUGUUAAGAGACCCGAUCAGACGAGAAUUGGAAAUGAGAUUUUGGUGGAAUAAUGGUGUUAAGGAAGCAAAUAAUUAUAUGCAUGAUUGUUACACUCAAUAAGAGUUGUGUGUAUGUGUAUAUGAUGAUUGUUAUUACUUCAUAUUGAUUAUUUAUAUAAAUAGUUACAAGUUCCAUACCUGGUAAUGGACAAAGGAAUGUAAACCAGCAUUGGUGACCUCAGAUAAUAUAAUGUUUAUUUACCUGUAAUUUUACAUCAAUGACAAAAUCUUGUGUUACACAUUCCCCACAAUGCUCAACGUAGAAUUAUGGCCUUCACCUCCAUAAGGGGAAUAAUCAUGUCAGAAACUAUGAUUUUUGUUUGGAAACUUCUCUGUAGACACAUUCAUUAUGCAUCCCAUAGCUGUAAAGAGUAUAAGCAAUAGAUCCAUACAGUCUGAUUAAAUGAUAGAAUCUUGCAGUAGUCCAUAUACUUUAAGUUGAAGGUCAUAAGCAUAUUAGUAAUUAUAACAAUGGGUAGUGCCUAGAAAUGUAAAAAAUAAUGGACCAAUGCCUGGACUGAAAGCCACCUAUUGGAUUAUUGUACAAUAUUGAAUGGCUCAAUUGUUGACUUAUAGUUUCUGGCCUUAAAGAAAUGUUCCUAUGAACCAGAUCAUUGCCACUAAUUGCAACAAGAAUGAACACAUUUAUCUUUAUAAUUGUAUAGGUAUUAAAUAUUAUAUGAUCCUCUAAAAAGUGACAUAGGUUGUCACUUUAUAGGUUUCACCUUUUGUGAUUGAUGGCAAUGGUUAUACACGGUGGGUAAUCAUAUGAACAAAAAUUUCAUAGUUAUUUGGUAUCAAUCCGUGAAAUGUCUUUUUCCCUACACUCUUGUUUUGUAGCAGUACAAUGUUUGAAGAAGAAUGAUGUAAUAUUGAGAAUUUGGGUACAACAUUGAAUGGAAUUUCAGUGAGAAGACCCAUGAAAUUUAGUUGAAGACCUCAGGUAUAUAAGUAUCAUAUGGAAAAUAUCUUAGAAGUAGAAUUAUAUUUGGAGAUCAUACAUACAAGUGAAAUGCAGUGAGAUUGAUGUUGAAUAUUAAAUAGUGUAAUAAAUUCAGAAAAAGGAAAUGGUUACUGUUUUAUAAGAAUGAUGGAAGAGUGCCAGAAGCUUUGGAAAUUUUUUAGCUAAUGUGACAUGAAAUGAUAUGUAUGUAUAAGGUUGAUAGUUGAUGCGUAGAACAUUGUGGGGGGCAGAGCGGUGCGGUUAUGUGGUCUUGGCAGGUCCCACCUGUGGGAAUAAAAUGUUCAUCAAUAAAACAAAAUGUACACAGGAA